AUGGGAAAUUUUAUAACACAAUUAGAACAAUAAGAAUGUUAACCACUACCAAAUCCCCUUUUAAACUCCUCUUUAUCAAAGCUUCGGGAAUAUCAUGGUUCAUUUAAAAGCGUAUGUGAUACAUUUUCAAUAGACUUGACUGAAUACGAACAAAUAUUCGGCUCUAAUGAAACUUCAUUUAAAAUAUGGGAUACAGAUAAAAAUGGUUUAAUUGAUGCUUUGGAAUUAUUUUCCGGUUUAAUAUUAUUUUCAGAUGCUUCUUUUAAUGAAAAAGUCCGUUUUUUAUUUGAUAUUUUUGAUUUUAAUGAAAUGAAUAUAUUAACAAUUGUAGAUUUAGAAUUUAUGUUAAUUUCAUGUGCAAAUGCCACAUUUAAAGUAUAUAUAUUUUUUUUACAUAAAGUAAAUUAUAAUAUAAAUAUAAUUUAGAUUUUCGGAUAAUAAAUAGACAUGAAAGAAGAUGAAAUAUCUUAGUUUUUAAAUAAUUAUUUCAGUGAUGAAUCCAAAAUAGGUAUUUAAUAAAUGCUAAAAUGGUGCAGUAAAGUAAAUGAAAUCGUUAAAUUCAUCACUAUAAUUGAAAAGAAACCUCCUGAUGUAAAAUAAUAAUUAGAAAGUAAUAUAAUAACCCUCGAAUAAUUAAAAUAUCCAAAUAAAAUACAAUGCGAGGCUCAAUUUAAAUCAUAAACCCUCGGAGAAAUCUUAAACUCAUUAAAAUAUUAACAAAAAAUCGACCUAAUAUCCAUGCUUUCGAAAAAAAUAUUUCAUAUGAACCCUUCAGAAAAUCCCCAAUAAUAAGACCAAUACACCAAAGACGUAAAUACACAUAUAAACUGGGUCUUCGGAAUCCGCAGUGAAGGUGUAAAACGUGCUUUGGAAUUCAUAAAAAGUCAAGGAGAAAAAGCCGCUUCGGAAAAAAUAUUAUAUUUUACAGCUUGUAUUGUAGUUAUUUUCUAUCCGAAAUUAUUCGAAUAAAAACAUUAUUUGGAACACGAUAAUGAGGUUUUGAGCAUGUGCGUCUCUAAAAAUAGCUCUCUAGUCGCCAGUGGGGAAAUCGCUUAGAAUAAUCCAGCAAUUCAUUUAUGGGAUUCGAAUACUUUAUAGAAUUUGGGAGUUAUUAAAGGGAUUCAUUAGAAAGGAAUUCAUCUUUUGUAAUUUUUUAAAGGAGAUGAGUAUUUAGCUAGUUGUGGAAUAAGGACAAAUUCGCCAAUUCUUAUUUAUAAUGUGAAAGAUUUUACAUUAGUAUUAUCGACUCUUAUUAAUGAGUUUGCAUUUGAACUUAUUGGAAUAGAUAAUUAUAGUUAAGAAUAUGUAAUUAAGAAAUAAAAUAGUAAUUAGUAAGAUAAUAAUGAUUUUUUUAAUUAUGAUAAUUCAUUCAUUGUUUGCUCGGGAUAAUAGAUUGUUCUAUUUCAUUAUUUUGAUGGAAAUUUUAUUACACAUGAUAUUAAAUUGGAAGAUUUUUAUAUUUUUGAAGAAUUAAAUUGUGCUACCUGUGUGAGAAUUCCGGCUUCUUCAAAAAUAUCUUAUUAAGGAACUACAGAAAAUCUUAUAAUUAUAGUUAGUGGACAUAAAAAUGGAUUAGUAUGUAUUUGGUAAAAUUUCGAUCAUGAGAAAAACAUAUAAUUAUAAGAUCAUGAUAUAGUAAGUAUAGUAAAUUUUGAUUAUGGAAUUCUUAUAGGGACAAUAAAUUCUUAAAUAUAUUUAUGGAAUAUUUCAAUGGAAAUGUAAUUACAUUAAAUUAAUUUUGAAUAAAGUUAACUUCCUCUAUAAUUGAUAUCAUAUGAAAUAGUAUAGAUAAAAAGUUAUAAAAGGAAGUCAUUUAUUGUAACUAGGGAAGGAGAUGUAGUUCAGGUAGAUUUUUUGUAAGAAAAUGAAGGUUAGAUUAAAAUCCAAAUGAAUCGAAUUAAUUAUAUUUCCAGAAUAAGAGGAAAUCUAAAUGAUAUAUGUAUCCUUUAAAAACCUGAAAGUGAUGAAAAAAUACUCUAUGUGGCCGGAAACGAACGAAUAGUAUAUUCUUUUUCCUUAGAAUCUCAUGAAAUAAUGGACAUGUGGUCCUAUCCUUACUAAAUAAGUACCAUAGAUUGCAUAAACAGCGAAAAACACGGAAAUAUUUUUGCCAUAGGAUUCGAAGAAGGGCAAGUAUGUAUUCGCUAUUAGUAAAAAUAAAUAGAAGAAAUAUGGAUUAAACCGCAAAAAAAUCAAAGACAAAGAGAAAAAGUAAGAAUAAAUGAUGUAAAAUUUUCUUCAGAUGGAAAUUAUCUAGUUGUAGGCGGUCAAGAUUCUUAUAUAUAUAUACUUUCAUUCAGUAAUUCUUAAAACGGGACUUUUUUAUAAUAAGAAGUUAAAGAAGAUCUCAAAUUGGAAAAUGAAGAAGCUGUUUCUAUUGAAUUUGUGGAUGAUAAUAAAAGCUUUUUAAUUUGUUCUAAUUAAAGGAAAUAAUAUAAAGUAGAUCUCUCAGAUCCUAAAAUUAAAACUUUCUAAGAAAAUGAGUAAAUUAAUUGCACUAUAUGGAAUAUAAGAUAUUAAAACAUUGAUGUAGAAAAUAUUGAAGAAUAAUUAAUAUUACCACUAAUAAUAGGUGGCGAUAUUAAAAUAUUCCUAGCAGGAGGAGAAACUGGUUAUAUAUAUUUUUGGAAAGACAAAAAAUAAAUAGAGUAAAAUUGCGGAGGAUACUUAAGAGGACAUUCUUCCGCAAUUUCAAGGCUAGGAAUGUGUAAAACUUAGGACAGUUUCUUUUCUCUAGGAAGUACAGAUAAUACGGUAAUUGAAUGGAAAAUCGAAUUUAAUUAAGAAUAUGAACAAUAAAAGUAAUUAAAUAUAAACCUAUAAAAUGAAAAAACUCAAAAAGUUACACUUUUUGACACAAAUCUUUCCAAAAUAACCGGAAUCCUGGAAGAGAGUUUAAUUCGAGAGUUAGUCUAUUCAUUACAUGACCAAAAGUUAGUUUUUCACGAAAAUAUAUUAGAUUCCUUCUUAUUAUUUAAGGGCGUAAAUUAAAAAAUCAUCAACACAUUAUAUCAAAUAUUAAUUCCAUAAUAUGAAACGAUGACCUCUUUAAUGAAAAGAGCGCCUCCUAUAAGUAUUUAAUUAGACUAUAUUUACGGAUUUCAAGCCUACGAUAGACGCCGUUCUUUAUAUUAUACUCACAUAUACUAUAUUGACUAACCUUAAGACAAAAAAAGAAAGGUAAACACAAAAAAGGAUCCUCUACAACCUAAUAAUAAGUUUGCUAGUUGCGGAUUUAAGAAUAUUACACUUUGGGAAAUGUAAGGUAGAAAUUUAAUGAGGAAAUAAGUUGUUAGUGCAUGUGAAGAAGUAUAUAAUUAAUAAUGCUGUAUUACUUGUAUUGGUUAUAUUAGUUAUAGUUUAGGUGAUUAAAUUGAAUCAGAUAUUAUUGCGGGUAAUAAUAAUGGAGAUUUAAUAUUAGUUGCAUGUGGCAAAUAUAUAAUAGCUAAAGAAAAAGCUCAUCUAAAAAUGAUAAAUUGUUUAAAAAUAACUGAAUUAUUUUAAGAUAAAGUAUUAAUAAUAACCUCAGGUGAAGAUGAAUUUGUAAAAAUCUGGGAUACGAAAUUUAAUAUGAUAAACGAAAUAAACAUAAGAAAAACAGGUUUAUUUAGCGAUGUCCCUUUUUCCCGAAAUCUAUCGGCGUAAAGUUUAGAUUUGUUUUCAUGUAAAUAUCCUAAAAAAUCUGAAAAUGAGAACUCUUUGGGUGAUUCCGAUAAUGACACAGUGUAUCCUAUACUCCUAUUAGGGACUAGAAAUGGCGAUAUAUUUGAAGCGUCAUUUACUUUAGAAUAUUAAGGUUCUAAAAAACAAACAGAUUAGAAAUAAAAUUAUUAAGAAAUGUCAAGUUCAAGUUAGGCCAGUUCUAAUUCAUCAAAUGAAGAAGAAGACACUAAUAAAAUAAUUUCUUAAAAAAAAGGGGAAAACUAUGGACAAACGGAAAAUUUUAGGUUCAACUAUGAUAUUUAUUUACGAUUUCAUUCUUCUCAGAAAUUUUCUUUAAAACAAUCUAAUAAAAAAAUAUCUAUUUCUAUUCAUCCUUCAGAAAAACUAAUGCUUUCAGUAGGAGAAGACUAAUAAUUAUCAAUGUUUGAUUGCGAAAAUAAUUUACUUAUAUAUUAGCAAUAUCUGGAUUAAGGAACUCCUUCUGUUGUCAAAUUUUCUCCAGAUGGAGAAUAUAUAAUAAUAGGAUUUACAAAUGGAAUUAUAAUAAUAUUUUCUAUAUAAAUACUUUAAAACAAAUUUUCCAAAAAUGAUAAAAGAGCAAUCCCAAUAAUAGAAUAAAUGUAAAUAAUUAAUGAUAAAUAAAAUAAAGCGAUUGUUUUAAAUAUUGAAUUUGAUCUUUCUGAUAUGGAUACUUUCGCAGUUUCUUUCGAAGCUUCUACAAAAAACAUAAUUGAUAUAAAUGGAGAAAGAGAUCUUAGUUUUAUUGGAAUUUAUAGAUGUUAAUAAACAAACAUAAGAAAUAAAAAACAUAGUAUAAUAAACAAUAAUAAUUAUAAUAAUAAUUAAUAAAUAAAAUCUACAAAAGAUAAAUAAUUCAAAUUAAAAGAUAUUCUUAAAUGUGAUUUUAAUUCUAUAAAUUCAUCUUAAUUAGUCUAUUUUAUGACUUUUUCAUAAGACUCUUAAUAUCUUCUAGCUUAUUAUUAAGAUAUUGAUAAUUUUCAAAUCCGCUAAAAUAACGAUACUAAUGGCUAAUACAUAGUCUGGGACAUCGAUCGUAAAGAAAUUAUAAAAAACUUUGACUUACUAAAAAAUACUUAAUGGUAAUCUUGUAUUUUUGCAAAUUCUUUAAAUUCUUAAUAUAUUUAAUAUCAAUCUAUACUCUAAUAGUAAGAAGAAUAAAGAAAAGAACACCACAUAAGCACCCAAUAACCCCUUAUGAGUAUUAUGAAUUAAAUAAAAAAUUCUUUAAUACUUGGAAGUUAGAAAGGUGAUAUUCAUUUCGUAAAAUAAAACUGUCUUUAGCAAUUUUCUAAAGAGAUUUACGAAAACAAUCAAAAAGAUAACUAAGUACUAGCAAAAAGUUAUUCUGGACACAUUUCAUACAUUAACCAACUCGAAUAUUAAAAUAAUAAUUUAUUUUCUACAGGCAUAAAAGACGAAUGUAUUAUGAAAUGGAAAAUUACUCAAGAAAAUCCUUUUUGGGACUUCGAUAAUUUAAACUACGAUUUUUUCGAUGAAUAAGAAGCUGCAAUUUCUCCUGAAUAAAAAAUCCUUUCAGAAAUUCUACCUAAGGAAUAAUUCGAAUCUCUACUAAAAAAUGUACUUCCUUUAAGAAACUAAAUCGCAGAUGCCAUCACUAAUAUUGAUAAAGAACAUAACACAUCCCCUUGUCUAUAACUAAUCAAUAUAAUAGGCCGAAAAGCUCAUAAUAGACACUAAAACUUGUUCUAUGAUUUUGAUGAGAGAUUUAUCUAUAUAGCAGGGAGUAAUUUAAUAAUACAUACAAUUUCGGAACAAUAAGAAGAAAAAGAAGAAGAAGACCAAGAAGAAGAAAAAACGCAAAAAUAAGACAUCUCUCAUUAACUAGAAGAAAAAGACUAAAUUAAAAAUAAAUCACUUAACUCAUCUAACGUUUCCGAUUCUCACGAAAUAUAAAUAGUAUAGGAAUUUAUAAAAUUAGAUAAAUCCUUUAAAUCGAUAGACCCUGAAAUUUCGUGUUUUGUUCUUUCUAGGGAUAAAAAGCUUCUAUGUGCAGGUACAAUAUAAACAAAUGCCUAGAUUAUUAUAUGGGACAUAUGUUCUCAAACAUGUUUAAAGUAAAUGCAUUUGACAAAUUCGAGUUAUAUUUUGCACAUAAAGUUCGCUUAUGACAACAGACAUAUUAUAUGUAUUGCGAUUACAAAUGAAUGUACAUUGAUUAUAUAUUUGAUAGAUACUUAAGACGUGAAAAUUUUGGGUUGUGCAAAUAUGCCGUAUUCCAUUCCUUUCAAAAUUAAAGACGUUUAAUUUUUCCCAAAUUGUAUUUAUAAAUUUAUAACUUGUGGAAUAUAACAUUUGGUUGUUUGGAGUUUAAAAGGCGGAGUUUUAUCUUAUGCAAGUCUAGAAAUAGAAAACCCGAGUGAUAUAAUUGAGUUUAAUGAUGAGAAUAAUAAAAAAGAUGAUCUUAAUAAUAAUAUUAUGUAUAAAAUAUGA